AUGCAAGAGCAGUUUGUGAGCAUGCAUAACAAUGCAAAAAGAGGAGGCAUCCCCAGUGAGCAAUGUAGCUAUUCAAUAAUAACGUGGGAAGUCCUUUCAAGAAAACAGCCAUUUGAAGAUGCUACAAACCCAGUGCAGGUCAUGUUCAGUGUGCUGCAGGGUUCCCGACCUGACACCAGUGAGGAGAGUUUACCAUUGGACAUCCCCAACCGGGAAACACUACUUCGGCUAAUGACUAGCGGCUGGUCUCAAAACCCCAAUGAACGGCCUUCCUUUAUUAAAUGUCUCAUGGAAUUGGAACCAGUGGUUCGAGCAUUUAAUGAACUGACCAUACUUGAAGAUGUUUUAUACCUUAAAAGAGUAAAAGUGAAUUGUAAUUCAAACAUUUUUCCACCGUCAUAUGAAAAAGUCAACGGAGACUUGAAGUCACUUAAUAUACCAGUACAGGCUAUGAAUCUGGAACCACAUUCCUUAUCCUCGCAUCAGGAAGAUAUCUCCUUUCAGCAGUCAGCAGGAGUCCUCCAUCAGUUUCCUACAGAUCCCUCACUUCCUUCAUACAACAUAAUGCCUUCAGUAUCAGAAAACAGUGAUAUCAUAAGCACAGAUGAAAAUGUUCUGUCCAGUUUAAAAUGUCAAGAUGAAGAAUUGUUCACACCAUCUUUAGUCGCACCCAGUGAAGAAGACAAUUUGCCUCAGACUAUGAUAUGCCAACCAGAUGACACAUUUAUACCUAAAAAGGCAUUUUCUGAAAGUGAACCAGACAGUGGACAAGGAUUGAUAAUGUUCCAACCUUCCACGAGUUUCAUCACAGAGAAUGUGUCUCACGGUGUGGCUCACCAAUGGAUUCAAAGCAAAAGGGAGGAUAUUAUCAAUCAGAUGACAGAAGCAUGUCUGAAUCAAGCCCUGGAUGCCCUGAUUUCCCGUGACUUAGUAAUGAAAGAGGAUUAUGAGCUCAUCAGCACCAAACCCACAAGAACAGCAAAAGUCCGACAACUCCUGGACACUAGUGACAACCAGGGAGAAGACUUUUCCAGAGUUAUUGUUCAGAAGUUAAAAGACAAUAAACAGAUGGGGCUUCAACCUUAUCCAGAACUGUCUACAAUAUCCAGUCCAUCCUCCUCCAUUAGCCUGAUGUCAACUCAACUCAAAAUCAAAUGACUAUUAUUCAGUCGAAGCAAAAUGCUGCCCAUCCUGGAAACCUGAAAUAAAAAGAGAAUGCUGGAAAUGCUCGGCAGAUUAGAUGGGAUCUAUGGACACAGUUAAUGUUUUCAGUUCAAUGACCUCUGCUGAGUAUUCUCUGAGACUGUUAUUCAGGUGUUUUUCCCUCAAAUCUUUUGUUGUCUUGGUUCAUUUAAGAAAUGUCAUGGUGGAUUUAUUGUCAAUUGUCUUUGUACUGUACUGAAGGCUGCACCCAUUGAUUAGUACAAUGUUUUAGAAGUUGGUAUGAUUUUCCUUCAGCCCAGGAACUGUGAAUUUUAUCACAGCAUCCAUGUAGUCAGGUGACUGCUCCACACUGUUGUCAAUGUUUAUGGUUGUCUAGACUUCCUUUUGUGAAUGCUAAUGUACCUUUACCAAACUGUUACAUUGAAUAAUGUAGAAUAUCUCACCUCGAAGGGAAUAGAGGCUUUUAUUGUUUGUGUUUCCUCACUAAACUCCAUUGAUUGCCUCACAUGAGAUGACCCACAACCUUGUUGAAUGAAUAUGUUAUCUUUACACAAUAAUCAGAAAUAGAUUUUAGAAGGACUAAAA